CGCCCGUGCGACAGGGGUAGCCGUGCGGUGGAGCCCGGAGCUCGGCCUGCUCCUCGAGUCCCGUUGAGUCCUAGUGCACGGCGGGCGGCCAAUCAGCGCCCGCCGGGCCGGGCUCUGCCCCUCCCGCCGCGCACAGGGUCCGGAGAGGAGCGGGCGGCGCGAGCAGCUCGAGCUGUGGGGCAACAUGGUGCGUGGCCGCAUCUCCAGGCUCUCGGUACGCGACGUGCGCUUCCCCACGUCGCUGGAGGGCCACGGCUCCGACGCCAUGCACACAGACCCUGACUACUCGGCUGCCUAUGUCAUCUUAGAGACGGAUGCGGAAGACGGGCUCAAGGGGUAUGGGCUUACCUUCACUCUGGGAAAAGGCACAGAAGUUGUGGUCUGUGCUGUGAAUGCCCUCGCCCACCAUGUGCUUAACAAGGACCUCAGGGACAUCGUUGGUGACUUCAGAGGUUUCUACAGGCAGCUCACAAGUGACGGGCAGCUCAGAUGGAUCGGUCCUGAGAAAGGUGUUGUGCAUCUGGCUACCGCAGCCGUUCUCAACGCUGUCUGGGACCUGUGGGCCAAGCAGGAGGGAAAGCCUCUGUGGAAGUUACUUGUUGACAUGGACCCCAGGACGCUGUUAUCCUGCAUUGAUUUCAGGUACAUCACAGACGUCCUGACUGAGGAGGAAGCCUAUGAAAUACUGCAAAAAGGUCAAGUUGGUAAAAAAGAGAGAGAAGGACAGAUGCUGAUGCAAGGCUACCCUGCCUACACCACGUCGUGCGCCUGGCUGGGCUACUCAGACGACAAGCUGAGGCAGCUCUGCACGGAGGCACUGAAGGAUGGCUGGACCAGGUUUAAAGUGAAAGUGGGUGCUGAUCUCCAGGAUGACAUCCGUAGGUGCCGCCUCAUCCGGAAUAUGAUUGGACCCGAGAAGACGCUGAUGAUGGAUGCCAACCAGCGCUGGGAUGUGCCCGAGGCAGUGGAGUGGAUGGCAAAGCUGGCUGAGUUCAAGCCCCUGUGGAUUGAGGAGCCCACCUCCCCUGAUGACAUUCUGGGACACGCCACCAUUGCCAAGGCGCUGGUCCCAUUAGGAAUUGGCGUUGCCACCGGAGAACAGUGCCACAACAGAGUGAUAUUUAAGCAACUCCUUCAGGCGAAAGCCCUGCAGUUUCUCCAGAUUGACAGCUGCAGGCUGGGAAGUGUCAAUGAAAACCUUUCAGUGUUGCUGAUGGCCAAAAAGUUUGAAAUUCCGGUUUGCCCCCAUGCUGGCGGAGUUGGCCUCUGUGAAUUGGUUCAGCAUCUGAUUAUAUUUGACUUCAUAUCCGUUUCUGCAAGCCUCAAGAACAGGAUGUGUGAAUAUGUCGACCACCUGCACGAACAUUUCAGGUAUCCAGUGGUAAUCAAAAAGGCUUCCUACAUGCCUCCUCAGGAUGCUGGUUAUUCAACAGAAAUGAAGGAAGAAUCUGUAAAGAAACACCAGUAUCCAGAUGGUGAAGUCUGGAAGAAACUCCUUGCUGCUUGAGGGAAUUAAAUGUUCAGCCCUAACACCCUUUCCUAAGUGAAAAGUCUUACAUACACUUUUUGGGUGUGGUUUUAUAAAAACAGGAGAAAGAAAUCAUCCUAGAAUUCAAAACAAUUUCAGCCAAAGUCCUAUUAACCCCAGGAAUCAGCUGUCAUUAUUACUUGAUUCUUUUACAAAUAAACACAUUCUCCUAAUUAA